CGCGCGGCCUAGGUAUCGCUUCCUGGGUCGUACGACUUUGCUGGUGUCUACUCAGAGUUCUUCCGCGCGCCCUCGUCCGACCCGCGACAGCGAUGCUCGCGCUGCGUUGCGGCCCCCGCCUGUUCGGUCUGCUCUCCGGCCAGCGCUCCGCGCCGCUGCUCCUCUCCGCGACCCGCACCUGCAGCGACGGCGGAGCCCGCGGUGCGAACUCUUCCUCCCGGAACCCGCUCGUAUACUUGGACGUGGGCGCCGAUGGACAGCCGCUCGGCCGCGUGGUGCUGGAGUUAAAGGCAGAUGUCGUGCCAAAGACAGCAGAGAACUUCAGAGCCCUGUGCACUGGUGAGAAGGGCUUUGGCUACAAAGGCUCCACCUUCCACAGGGUGAUCCCAGCCUUCAUGUGCCAGGCUGGCGACUUCACCAACCACAAUGGCACGGGAGGGAAGUCCAUCUACGGAAGCCGCUUUCCUGAUGAGAACUUCACACUGAAGCAUGUGGGGCCAGGUGUCCUGUCCAUGGCAAACGCAGGCCCCAAUACCAAUGGCUCUCAGUUCUUUAUCUGCACAACAAAGACAGACUGGCUGGAUGGCAAACAUGUCGUGUUCGGCCAUGUCAAAGAAGGCAUGGAUGUUGUGAAGAAAAUAGAGUCUUUCGGCUCAAAAAGUGGGAAGACAUCUAAGAAGAUUGUCAUCACAGACUGUGGCCAGCUGAGCUAACUCAGCCAUGGUGCUAGGACAGCAGCACGUAUCCAUGUCUUGAUUCACCCAGGUAUUCCACAGAACGGUUUGUACCCACUUCCACUGAGUGAGGAAGGCCAGUCAGACACAUGGUCCUCCACAGGACCAGGCUGCUCUCAACUGUCCAUCCUUCCUCAGAUCCCAUUUAUGGGCAUCAGUAUGGCCAUCAGGCCAUGUACCCUCAGCAAAUGUCCCCGUGAUUGCCAUUCGUGUGUGCCUUGGACAUUGGCAAUGGUGACCAGUUAGUCAGGGGAGGCUCCCGACUUUUUCCUUGACCAGUGGGGGCAGCAAUUGCUAUUUGAUGUUGUCUUCCUCCUUGCAAUAAUUUAACAAGAUCUCAUAGGAACAAAGCUGUGAUACUAACUGCACUGUCAUAUGUGUGACCUGAACUGGCACAAGCCACAAACACCCCACCACCACCAUCACCACCUCCCUGCCUGGCUUCUGAAACAUAACUCAGGGCUCUUGUGAAAGUUCCAAUGCCUUUCCUCCUGGUCACUGUGAAUCCUGCUGGUUGGCUGCUGUGAGUUUUGUAGGGAGCCUGUGAGAUAAAAGCAGCUGGACCUGGGAACGGACCUGUGAGCUGGGUCUGUCUGCUCAAUGUGAAUUCCUGUGUUGAAAACUUACAGAAACUGCCUGAAUUCAUGUUUUCCUCAAGAGGGAAGUGUUUUUUGGUGGGCUUUGCUUUUUCUGUAUGUUGAAUAAAUCCAAUCUAUCAAUAAUAUACAUGUAAAAGAUUUCUGGAACAGUCCUUUGUGUUCAUCUCAAAUGUGACAAAUAAAUACUAUUUUCUAUAAAA